AGAUAUAUAGUGGAAAGAUCGAGAGUGAUGCCGUUAGUCUGUCGGCGAUGAGAGUUGCGGCGAGUGUUCUGCUCUUUGUGCUCUUCACCGGUGCUUGCGCCAGGGUCGCCAGACGCGGCGGCCGUUUCAUCCAUGGUGGGCGCGCGGUGGUCGUAGAAGCGGCCACGGAGCCCGUGGUGCACGCCGAGGGGCCGCACUGGCUGGCCCCUUACCUCUACUACGUCGACAUCAGCAGCAGCGCCCUCCUGCGGCUGGACACGAGCUCAGGGAACGUCUCGCGGUGGACGGUGCCUCCCGGAAACGAGCCCGUCACCCUGGCGGUGCCCCUGAACGGCACCGAGGGUGGAAUUUUGAUCAGCAGGGGACGCGAACUGCUCGAGUUCAACACCAAAACGGGGGAGGUGGGCACCAGUUUCGGUUUUGCGGACGUUGGCAGGCCGGGAAACCGAUUCAAUGAUGGCAAGGCCGACCCUGCCGGAAGGUUGUGGGCAGGAACGAUGGGGCCCGAGGAGCCAGGCACGGGAGUGGUUCCCGAUCAAGGCAGCUUGUACCUUUUGGAAAUUGGUGGUUUGACUUCCAAAGUUUCGGGAAUUGACGUGAGCAAUGGUCUCGCAUGGAAUUCUGCUCAAGAUCUCAUGUACUAUGUCGACACUGGCACCGGCAGAGUUGACGUUUUUGAUUUUAACCUCACAACAGCCGCAAUAGAUAACCGCAGGACUGUGAUUGAUUUCGGCGCACAAAAUGUGUCAUGCACCCCAGACGGCAUGGCCAUCGACGCAGAUGACUUCCUCUGGGUGGCCUGCUGGAGUGGUUGGCAGGUAGUCAGGGUCGACCCUGUGCGAGGCCAGGUGGUCGGCCAGGUUUCCCUGCCUGUGCAGUACGUGACGUCGGUUGCCUGGGGCGGCGACAAUUACACUGAUCUCUACGUGACCUCUUCAAAGAGGGACCUCAGCCCCGAAGAGCAACAGCAACAACCGUUGGCUGGCAGUGUUUUCAAGGUCACUGGACUAGGGGUCACUGGGCUGCCUGGCCAAUCUGUGAUACGGCCAACUCAAGAGUGAAUAAAAGAUUUCGUUAUCAAAUAGAAGAGAACGAAUUAUGAUUUUCAACGUUUUUGAUGACUUGAUUGAGAUUGAGUUGAAAAGAUAAAAUUCAAGAUUGGUUUUGAGCAGCUAUGUUAUGUAAGUAACAUUAUACAUGAAACGAACAAGAAUGUAUGAAAGUACUAACUGCGAAAUAUUCGUAUCGUAGUUUCCGGAAAUAAAAAAAUCGUACCAUUUA